AUGGAUAAAGUAAUAGAAUUUUCUGUGGAAAGUAGUUCCAAACCCAAUCUUUGCUAUAUUCUUCACCUUCAAAAUUAUUACAACAGCAACAACAACAAAAUUGCAAUUUCAAAUUCAAUUGUCAACUCCAUUGCUGGUCCAAUAAUUAAUACGGAACAGAUCAAAACGUCCAAUUCACUUCCUAAUACAUCAAUUCCACCACCAAAUUUAUUGGUUGAAGUUUCAAUGCCGCAUUCCUCGCCUUCUUCAAAUCCUGAUUUGUCAAUUAAUCAACUUUCACAGAUUGCUCCUUCAUCAACGUUGACUUCAUUUUUUCUGUUCCACCACCACAAAUUAUAAAACUAGAAUACAACAACAACCAAUUCCUGUUGCUGCUACUACUACAACAACAUCAACUGUUAUUCCGUCUUUGCUUAGGUUUAUAAAAAAAAAAAUUUUUAAUAUUUUCUACUAGUGGAAUUGUUGUUACUAGUCGCCUACUUUUUUUAAUAUUGUUGAAAAAAAAUUUACCCCGAGCGGGUUCGAACCUUUCCCCUAUUUUUAAAAAUUUUCCCACUUAACCAAAGUGCACGAACUUAAUUGUUAACGAAAGUGCACUUAACUUUUUUUCUACGUUCGUCCCAACCUUUGCUGUAAAUUUUGUACAAAUUUUUCCUUUCAUAACUUUAAUAUUAAUUUAAAAAUUUUUCAGUUUAAUACCUUCACCACAAAUUUUGGUUACUUCCAGUCCAUUAAAACAACAAGCUUUGGAACAAAAACAACAACAAUCAACUAUUGUUACUUCUACAUGUAUUCCUUCUUUGUUAAGUUUGCCUCCUCCACAAUUGAUGAUUACUUGUGGAAAUGCUGCUGUUGUCU